AUGGAAUUUGAAAAACAUGAAAAAGGAAGCGUGUUAAAUGAGAAUUUAGAGGAGAAAUUGACGGUCUCUUCUGGUGAUUCUGAAGCCAAACCUCUGAUCUUCACAUUUGUCCCCACUGUCAGAAGACUACCAACCCACUCUCAGUUGGCUGACACCUCUAAAUUUCUUGUUAAAAUUCCUGAGGAACCAAGUGAUAAGAAUCCAGAAACUGUAAAUAGGUCUAAUUUCAGUGAGUACUUGACCUUGAAAGCUGGGAGCCAACAGCAGAGUGACGGAGGGACAUUGACUUAUCCUUCAGAGGUCAUUGGAAAGAUAUCAAAAGUAAGGGAAUUUAAAGUGAGCGAACCCCAAGGAAUGCAGCAAAGUGGCCUCUUCAAAGCUGAAUAUGUCUUUAUUGUGGACUCUGAAGGGGAAGAUGAAGCUACAAGCAGAAAAGUUGAGCAAAACCCCCCAGGGGGGACGGGCACCACAGCCACUCGGCCUACAUCUCUGGCAAUCUCCUCCAGUCCGGUCUUUGAUGUGGUGCGUCCCAAAACACGGGCAGCAAACCUCCAGGCUCCAUCACAUCCUGAGAUGCCUCAGGGGAUGGCUUCUCAACAAAAGCAUGGGCAGUCAACUUCUUCCACUACCUCUGAGCAGCUUGCCUGUAAACCACCUGCUUUCUCCUUUGUUUCUCCAACUAAUCAGAAAGCACCACCUGACCCCGCUAAGCUCGGCGGGGCCUCUGCGCUAGAGGAGUUCCACACUAGGAGGCUGGAUGCCAGUGGGGCGUUGGUGGAAGAAACAGCUACGUAUUUUCACACUUCUGCUCACUCAUCGCCCUUUUUUGCAUCGAAGGGCACCUCCUCGACGGUUCAGUUUCCCCAUCCCACCCAGUUAUCAGGCUCUAAUUUGUCCAGUCCCAGUGGAGCAGAUCAGAAACCUGGGCGGACCUUGGAAGUUCUGAAGAAGACAGCGUCAGCCUCACACGUCCUUAGCCCCGGAGAAAGUCUGAGGCCCUCUUCUCCUCCACCAUCCUCCAGUGCUUCUCUGAAGUCGAAUUCAGCCUCGUACAUACCAGUCCGUAUUGUCAUGCAUUCACUCUCCCCAAGUCCCAAACCAUUCCCUUCCUCUCUCCAUGGCUCUUCUUCCACCAUCUGUAGCCCAAUGUCUUCUAGUGGAAAUCUCUCCAAGUCAGGGGUGAAAUCCCUGGUGCCCUCCCGGCUUUCUCUUCUCACUGCCAUCCUCAAGUCAAACCCUUCUCACCAGAGACCCAUGUCCCCUGCAUCCUGUCCCACUUUCUCUCUCAACUCCCUGGCUUCGUCUACACUCACGCUUGAUCAAAAAGCAAAGCAAGCCCCAUCCACACCUAAAAAAUCUCUCUCAAGUUGCUCACUGAGCGGCGGGUCUCCUUGGCAGGGGGAACACCAGGAUUCCCAAUUUAGCCAGCCAUCCUUUCACUUACCUUUUUUCACCCAAUCUGCUCCCCUUUCUCAGGCGCACCCCCUUUCUCCCACAAAACAUGAGAGUAGUAGUAGUAGCCUGGCUUCUUUAAAUGUAGAGAAGAUACCAUCACCCACUUCUUUGAAGAGUAAUUCAAUCCCCUCCCUGCUACAAACAAAGACAUCCAGUCCUGUAGGUCUUCCUCCUGCUUCACAAAGAUUUUAUCCUUUUUCUUGGAAGAGCAAAAGGGAUGCUGACCUCUGGGGUCCAGAAAAUCCCAGGAAUAUUUAUACAUAUCCUUCUGCAUCAGCCUCCUCUAUGUCACCAUCUGCAUUUCCCACUAACCAAAGAGCCACACUCUCCUCUCCAGAGAAAAGUUUCCAUCCUUCUCCGGUUCUUUCAGACCUGCUACACAGGUCCCAGAGAGCAUCACCACUGCUCUCAGGCCAAGGACAGAAUCCUUCUGCUCCUACUUCACGGCCUGGCUCCAGUGCUAGCUCUGCCUCUUUUCCCAAAUUGGGGUCCUCCCCUUCCCCUCACGCUCACCUUCCCACUCAGGCACUCCAGCUCAGUCCUUCAGCACUGCACCCACAUUGUGGCAGUGGCACCUUACCUUCAAGAUCUGGGAAAUCAGAAAGCUCAAUAUCUGACCACAGGUCAUCUGUUUCAACCCCGUCACCUCCCACCUCUCUAACAAGAACCAAGGAGCUGAUUUCACCUUGUGCAUUUUCCUUGCCAACAGACCCUGAGAAUAAGAAACCCAAGCAAUACAAGACCAGUUCAAGCUACAAGGCUUUUGCAGCAAUCCCUACCAACACAUUGCUUUUGGAACAGAAGGCACUAGAUGAACCGGCCAAAACUGAAAACGUCUCUAAGGACAACACAUUGGACCCACCACUGGAGUUUUGUUUCCCUGCACAGCUCAGGCAGCAAACUGAAGAGCUCUGUGCUACCAUUGAUAAGGUCUUACAGGAUUCCUUGUCUAUGCAUUCUUCUGGUUCUCCUUCAAGUUCUCUACAGAAAUUGUUGGGUUCUGACACUACCAAAACAUCUACAACUCUCCCAAGAUCAGCUGGUCGAGAAACCAAAUAUGCAAACCUCUCUUCACCAUCAUCUACAGUGUCUGAGAAUCAGCUGACUAAACCUGGAGUAAUUCGCCCGGUACCUGUAAAAUCCAAAAUAUUAUUGAAAGAAGAGGAGGAAGUCUAUGAACCCAACCCUUUCAGUAAAUAUCUGGAAGAUAACAAUGACCUCUUUUCUGAACAGGAUGUGACAGUCCCUUACAAGCCUGUUUCUCUCCAUCCUUUAUAUCAGACUAAACUCUAUCCUCCUGCUAAGUCCCUGCUGAAUCCACAGACCCUCUCACAUGCUGACUGUCUUACCCCUGGACCCUUCAGUCAUUUGUCCUCCUUCUCACUGACUGACCAACAGGAGACUUCCCACACUCUGUUUAGUCACAAGGCAUAUAACAAGCUGAGUCAUCCAAUGGUGGCUAUUCCUGAACACGAGACUCUUGAUUCCAAAGAGCAAUGA